GCUAGUGUCAUUGUCAUAAUGUCAUAAACUAGUAGGAACAAAUUAUAGAAUAGUAUAGAAGUACUAGAAUACAUUAUUUUAUAAAGUAAGAUAUGAACUAUUAAUCAAUAAAUUGAAAUUUUCUUUUUCAAAUUUAAUGAACAGGUAUAGUAAAUCUAGCACUAGUUAAUAAAAAAAAAUGGACGGGAGGAUAGCUGAGAUGCUACACCAAAAAGGAGCAACAUUUGUUUUCCUUGGAGUACCUAAAGGUACAGUUUUUGGUAUCGACUUGAAAUGUUGGCAUACAGAUGAAGAAUUUCGUGGUAUAAGGCUAAUACCGCCAGGAAUACACUAUAUUUAUUAUGCAUCUGCAUCGGUAACAGAAAUAGACGACGUUUCUCAAAGGUCUGGAUUUUUUCAAUAUUUCAAUGAGAAUGAUAUUAUUGUUAAAAUGUGGGAUAAAAAAACAGAGGAUGUGAGCAUGGAAUUUUUCAAUGAACAGACUGUGGAAAGGAUUAGAGAGAACCUAAAUAACAUAGACAGGUACCUUGCCCCAUAUCCAUAUGAUAUUUGGUCUCGAUGGCACUGUCUCAGUAGGCAAAUUUCAGAAGCUCUAGCUAAAAAGCUUUCACCAGAAAAAGGUCUUAUAAGGUCAGAAGAGUUUCAUUCUAUACCUGAUUCAGAAAGACCAAGAGGUAUAAAAAAAUGUAAAGGCAGUUCAAAAAAAGAAGAAAAGGAAAAAACUAUGGAAAAUAGGGAGGAGCCAUCUCAAGGGUCUUCCGAACAUUUAAACAAAGGAGAAGGCUCUUAUCAAGAAUCAAGUCCAGGACCUUCUGGUACAAGAAGAUUGAGUAGAAUGACUGAGAAAGAAAGAGAAGAUGCUAUGCUACCUAAUUUAAAGCCAGUUGAAGGCACAGUUAUGAGAUUUACAGAAAUACCAAAGAAUAAAUAUCCACCAGGUUCAACCCCAAUGGAAAUAACGAAGCAUCAUUUGGACCAGUCUUAUACUUUGGAGCUAAUGAUUGCUCAACAUGAUGAACCGCUUCAUAUCAUAGGAGAAUUGCAAUUUGCAUACGCAAUCUUUCUUAUUGGUCAUUAUUGGUCUGGCUUUGACCACUGGCGGAAUCUUGUUCUAUUACUAUGCUCAUGUGAAGACGCUUUAGACAAAUAUAGAGAUGUUUUCAUACAUUUCAUAGCAACGAUUCAACACCAAAUGAAAGAGUUGCCUCUUGAAUUUCUCUGCGGAAUUGAAAUGGAACAAAAUGUUUUCUAUAAAAAGUUUCGUGAAUUUUUCCGCAACGUAUACAGUGCGAAAUCAAAUCAAAACAUAAUAAUAAUGAUUGAGAAAUUAAAGAAAAAUCUAUUUGAUUUAUUUCAAUGGGAGUUUCCAAACGAAGACACCGAUGAUGAUGAUGAAAAACCUGUUGUAGUAGAAAUGGAAUAAAGAAAUUAAUUGUUGAAUAAACUAUGGUCCAAUGAAGAAUAAACAUAUUUUCG